UUGUUUUAAUUUAAUACAUAGUCAUAUUUAGAUUUAAAAAUAUGGAAGAGGAAUAUGACUCAAUUGUGUUAGGUACAGGAUUGAAAGAAUGCAUUUUAUCAGGAAUGCUAUCAGUUAGUGGUAAAAAAGUUUUACAUAUUGAUCGUAAUAAAUAUUAUGGCGGCGAAUCAGCAUCAAUUACACCUUUAGAAGAUUUGUUUGGAAAAUUUAAAACAGAAACAUCUGAUCAAAUUUAUGGUAGAGGACGUGACUGGAAUGUUGAUUUAAUUCCUAAAUUUUUAAUGGCCAAUGGAUUAUUAGUAAAGUUAUUAAUUCAUACAGGUGUCACGCGCUAUUUAGAAUUUAAAUGUGUUGAAGGCUCUUAUGUUUAUAAAUCUGGAAAAAUUUCUAAAGUACCGAUUGAUCAGCAAGAAGCUUUGUCAAGUGAUUUAAUGGGUAUUUUUGAAAAAAGACGAUUUAAAAAUUUUUUAGUGUGGGUACAAAAUAUGCAAGAGGAUAAUCCAAAAACAUGGGAAGGAUUUGAUCCAUUUAAAAAUUCAAUGAGUGCAUUGUAUAGCAAAUUUAAUUUAGAUAAAAAUACUCAAGAUUUUACUGGCCACGCUCUUGCUCUUUACAGAAAUGAUGAAUAUAUUUCCCAAAGUGCAAUAGUUACUAUACGGAGAAUUAAAUUAUACAGGGAUAGUUUAGCACGAUAUGGAAAAUCACCUUAUCUGUAUCCAAUGUAUGGAUUAGGUGAGCUUCCCCAAGGAUUCGCUCGACUCAGUGCUAUUUAUGGUGGAACAUACAUGCUAGACAAACCUGUAGAUGAAAUAAUAAAAAAGGAUGGAAAAGUUGUUGGUAUUCGAUCAGGAAAUGAGACUGCAACUUGCAAACAACUAUUUUGUGAUCCAAGUUAUAUUCCUAAUUUUGUAAGAAAGGUUGGUCAAGUGAUUCGUUGUAUCUGUUUACUAGAUCAUCCAAUCCCUAAUACAGGAGAUGCACUUUCAACACAAAUUAUUAUUCCACAAAAACAAGUAAAUCGUAAUUCUGAUAUAUAUGUUUCUUUGGUUUCUUACACUCAUCAAGUAGCUGCUAAAGGUUGGUUUAUAGCCAUGGUUUCUACAACCGUAGAGACACAGAAUCCCGAAUCUGAAAUUAAACACGGUCUUGAUCUACUUGGCCCUAUAAAACAGAAAUUUGUAUAUGUAUCAGAUUAUUUAGAGCCAAUAGAUGAUGGAAUACAAAGUCAGUUGUUUAUUUCAACUAGUUAUGAUGCAACAACUCAUUUUGAAACUACUUGUUUGGACGUUCUUAGUAUUUUUAAAAGAGCAACGGGAGAAGAAUUUGAUUUUGAUAAAGUUAAACAAGAACUUGAUGAUGAAGACCAAUAGUAAAACAUUCAUUAAAAAAUAUACAAAUAUCUCUAAUUAUUAUCUAUA